AUGGGGGAAACUUCUGAUUCUUCUAAAAAUCCUAAUGAGAAUAAAACCGUGUCUUUUGCUGAUUUGGUUAAGGAACAAUGGGGAAUUGGUACUGGAAGGUGCAAACUUGUUCCUGUGACAAAAGGUUUUUUCAUCAUCAAGUUGAUAUCUAAGGAAGACAAAGAACGAGUUUGGCAUGGAGAUUCAUGGACGGUUCAACAACAAACUCUUAGGGUUUUUAACUUUUACCCUAAUUUUGAUCCGGAGAGGCAAAAUACAUCUUGCGCUUCUGUUUGGGUUAGUUUCCCUGGCUUGUACAUAGAAUUAUGGACAAAAAGGAUUCUAUUAUCUAUUGCAAAAAUUCUUGGGAAGCCAAUUGCUAUUGAUCAGAAAACUUUGGAUCAUGAUGUUGGAAACUAUGCUAAUGUGCUUAUUGAUAUUGAUUUUGCUAAACCAAUUCCUAAAAGAAUUCGUUUGAAAGCUAAUAGCAAUGAGUUUUGGCAAUAUGUUGAAGUUCAGGAUUUGGAGAAUAUCAAGUUUUGCACACAUUAUAAGUUUAUAGGUCAUAAGUUCGAAAAUUGUCUUGCUGCUCGCAAGCUUUUGGGAGGUUCUAAAUCUUCUAAUGUGUCUCAAAAACCUCAGAAAGAUGAUAAAGAGGUUAACAAUCCAAAUAAAAAGUAUGCUUGGAGAGAAGUGCGUGGAAAAAAUAACGUGAAUGGUAAUGGUUCCAAUGCAGACAAGGGCAUUCAUUCUGAAGUUAUUGUUUCCCAUGAAAACUAUGCAGAGAACGUCAAUAAUAUUGUAGCAAAGGAAGGUAUUCAGUCUGUUGGUGCUAGUACAACACAAACUGACCAAGGUGUUGGAUUUUCUUCACAUCAAGAGAAAGAAUUAGCUGAGGAUAAACAAUUGGAGGACGAGCUUAAUAGCUCUUUUGUUGAGUAUCGUGAAGCUCAGCUCAAACUAAUAAGAUGUAAAAAUGCAAUUGCAACAAAAAAGGAUAUUGCAGCACGUAAAAAUUAUGUUCAUGCAGUUCAUGAAGUUGUUCCGUCAGAUAGUGUGCAAAGUAAUUCGGAGAUUACUAGCAAGCAAACUCAUUCAAGGACUAACGUGGAAUCUGGACUGGUUAUGCAGAAGCAAACUUUCGUGCCCAAUAAGAACUAUGAGUCCGUAUCCAAGCAAAACUUGGUUUUGGAAACUCAACAACAGUUCGUGUACAAGGAAAACUCUGAGAUUAUGUCCGUGAAUUGUCAUACUCAGGCCUUGAAUAUCUCUCCAGGUUUGAAUACAAAUCCAGGGUCUGUACCCAACUCGGUUUUGGAAACUUAUUCCAAGCCAGAGUCCGUGAAUAAGAAUAAGCAUGCCAAGCAAGCUGAAAAUCAAGCCGUGACUAAUUCUGAGGCUAAUUCUAAACAAGAGUCAUCUAAAGAGGAUUGGAAAACAGUUAAAGGUAAGAACUCCCCUACUAAGGGUACACCUUUUAAAUUUAAAUCUUUUGAAACUCCUUAUGUGGAUGCACUUUUUCAAUCUGAAUUAGUGGUGAAUAACAAGUAUGGUGCUCUAGCUUCUGAAUUGGGCCUUGCUAAUGAUUCUAGUGAUAAAUCGAUUCCAGCACUUAUCAAUGAAAUAAAGCUUUUGUCUGAUCAAUUGGCUGCAGCAGGUGAAAUUGUUUCUGAUAGGGAGCUAGUAGUAAUAACUUUAAAAGCUCUUAAUUCUGAAUACAUACCAUUUGCAACUUCUAUGAGACAUAGAAAUCCUCCAAUUACAAGUAUAGACUUGCAUAACAAUCUUCUCAGUGAAGAAACCAUGGUUAGUGAAAGACUCAAAGCUCAUAAGCAAGACUUAGAGGCAAAGGCUUUUGUGGCAAAUAACUACAGAAAUACAUACAAAGGUUCUUCUAGCAGGGGUAAUUACAGAGGAAGACAUUCAAAUGCAAGUGGUGGUUAUGGUGGAAGAUAUCCAAAUCCAGCUAUUUUUUCAAGAAACAACUAUGACAGAGGCACCUCUUUUUUUUGA